AAUCUGGAGUUCUGAAUAAAAAAAGAGCGUUUCGUGAUCGUGGAUGACACCGGAUGUUGUUCUUCCCCGCGCUCAUGUUGAACCGGCUAACCAAGCUAUUUUCCCGUUACAUUCCCCCUUCUUCAAUCCUAAGAACCAUCAGAAACCUGAAGAUGGAGAGAUGUGUGGUGAGAUGCGUGCCUCGCGAGUCCAAACUGACCAUCUCGUUCAAUUUGAACGGCAGUAACAAACAGAUGCUGAGAGAGCAGACAGAGCCGCUGGGGAAAGCCCUGGCUCGAAUAGCCAACAGCCAAAACAAAGCGAAGAAAUCCAAACCAAACAAAGAAAAAACCGAGACCCCAGAAGCGGGUGAACUAGAAAUCAGCCUGCGCGUGAACGAAACCCGCGUUCCCGAGGACACCGUGAACGCGCGCGCCUGGCUAGAUGGAGCAGUGCUGCAUAUCGGUGAUAUUAAAUAUAAAGUAGAACUUAAUCCUCCAACAUUCACUCUAUCCGAGCUGCCAAAAUCUCUAAUGGCAGGGUUUCCAGUUUGUCCCAAACUAGAGAUAGAGUUCGGAGAUCUGAAGCUCUCUAAGUUCAAAUGGUUCAAAGAAAGCUCUCCUAAUUCACAUAUAAGUGGAGAUCAAGACUCCUGGAUGGAGGCUGGAUGUGAGCGUGUGUUCACGCCAUCCAAUCAGGACAUAGGUUUGAAGGUGAUGCUGAAAUGCACGCCUGGGGACGGAUCCAGGUUCGGGGAACCUAAGGAUCUGGUAUCUUCAGGCGUAGUUGAAGCCGGUCCGGGAACAUGCAGCUUUGACACCAGACACAUGUUCACUCAGAAGAUCUCUGAUGAGUCUUCACUGAGGGUUGUGUCUUACAACAUCCUAGCUGACAUCUACGCUCAAACUGAUCUUUCCAAAACGGUCCUGUAUCCUUACUGUGCCCCAUACGCUUUAGAAAUGGACUACAGACAGAAUCUGAUCAAGAAGGAGCUGUCAGGGUACAACGCUGACAUCGUUUGCCUCCAGGAGGUGGAUAAAGGCGCUUUUGUAGAUAGUUUAUCUCCUGCGUUAGAUGCGUUUGGAUUGGAAGGGGUUUUUAGGAUCAAGGAAAGGCAGCAUGAAGGUCUGGCCACGUAUUUUCGGAGGUCUAAGUUGAGGUUGGUCCAGCAGUAUGAUAUCAUGCUGAGCGAGGCUUUGAUGACGGAUCCGCUUCAUCAGGAGCUGAUGGAGAAAGUGUCCACUAAUCCCAGCUUGAAGGAGAAGAUUGGAAGCAGGUCCACGAUGCUGCAGGUGACCGUCUUGCAGUCGUAUGGUGACCCGUCAAGGAUAUUAUGUGUGGGAAACACACACCUGUACUGGCACCCUAAAGGGGGAAACAUUCGACUGGUUCAGAUUGCAGUGGCCCUGAAACACAUGAAGCAGGUUGUGACAGAGAAGCAUCCUGGAGCCGGACUCAUAUUCUCGGGUGAUUUCAACAGCACGCCCUCCUCCGGUCUCUUCCAGCUCGUCUGUGACGGAUCCGUCUCGGAGAAUCAUGACGACUGGGCCUCUAAUGCCGAAGAGCAGAUCCAGGUGGGACUGAUGAACCCGUUCCAGCUGGCUAGUGCUUGCGGGGUCCCAGCUUUCACUAACUACGUCGGAGGCUUCCAAGGCUGUCUGGACUAUAUUUUCGUGGAGCCGCAUGUGCUUCAGGUGGAGCAGGUGAUUCCUCUGCCCAGCCUUGAGGAGGUCACGACCUGCGUGGCUCUUCCGAGCGUCUCGCACCCGUCAGAUCACAUCGCACUGGUGUGUGACCUCAAGUGGAAGUGAAAUGAUCAUCGUGUUUCAUUAAAAUCUAUUUUAGAUUUCAGCAUUUUGCUUAUAUUUUCUCACUUCACUUCAUUCUUAUUUGGACAAAUGGAAAUUGAUGAUGAGGAUUGUGUGAUAUUUAUCAAAUGCCAGUUAUGACACACACCUACUUGGAAAUAUUGAAAGAUGUAUUUACAAUAUGCAACGGUUUAAAUUCAUCCAACACUUUGUGAUGUUGCUUUAAUAACUGCUUUUCAAACCAGAAGAGUGAUUGGAAAUAACCAGUUUCCUCAUUAAGUAAUACUUCAUCCAAGAUGUAGAUGAGUUUGUUUCUUCAUCAGGUUUGGAGAAAUGUAGCCAUUGCAUC